CCCUAAAACUGGAGAAUAAUAAUCAAGAAAUCAUCAACAUCAAUAUAGAACACACAUGCAGAAUAAUAUAAUGGAAGAUACCACUAAUGGCAAAAUGGCCAUUGAGCAUAACCAUGAGGAGAGAUUAUUAAAACUCGUGGGAGAUGCCAUGGACGGCGGCGGCGCAAUGGAGGCGAUCACCACGUAUCCUAAAAGAUCGCGACCAGAGAGUGAUGAUGAUACUGCCACAACCAACGGCGGUGGCGCCUUGGAGGUGCCCAUUGGAGAGCCGAAUAAUAAAAAGUCGCGACUAGAAGAUGGAACAGGAAACGGAAGCGUUAGUAUGGAGUUGAUGAGCGUGGGCGAUCAUCUAACAAAUGGUGAAAAAACUUCAUCACCAGAAGAAGAAGAAGAAGAAGAAGAAGAUACUAAUAGCGGCAGUUGUAAUGGGACAAUGAUGGUCACUAAGGCUAACGAUGAAUCGUCGUUGCCUGAAACUUCCCCUAUGCCUCUUGCUAGAUCGUAUCAGCUGGAAGCGCUGGAGAAGGCGAUGAAGCAGAACACGAUAGUGUUCCUCGAGACCGGGUCCGGGAAGACACUUAUAGCCAUAAUGCUAUUGCGCAGCUUCGCCCACCUCAUUCGCAAGCCCUCUCCUUACAUUGCUGUCUUCUUGGUUCCUACUGUCGUCUUGGUCACACAGCAAGGUGACGUUAUAAGGAGACAAACAGACCUAAAGGUGGGAAAAUUUUGGGGAGAAAUGGGAGUUGGUUACUGGGAUGCAACUAUCUGGAAGCAACAAGUGGACACAUUUGAGGUGAUAAUCAUGACACCAGCAUUGUUGUUGUCUGCUCUAAGGCACAGCUUCCUCAAAAUUGACAUUAUAAAGCUUAUGAUAUUUGAUGAGUGCCACAAUGCAAGGGGCAAGCAUCCCUACGCAUGCAUUAUGACGGAAUUCUAUCAUUCCCAAUUACAGUCAGGAAAUGUGCAACUUCCAAGAAUAUUUGGGAUGACGGCCUCACCUAUUAAAGCUAAAGGUUUGAGCAUCAAGGUUAGUUACUGGGAUGAGAUUCGUAGCCUGGAAGAUCUUAUGAAUUCAAAGGUAUACACUUGUGCAAGUCAAGCAGUGUUAGCAAAGCACAUUAGAUUUGCCACUGCAAAGGUGAAGACAUACGAAGAGGCUCAUAUUCCUAAUGAUACCCUCGACACCAUUGUCAAUGCCUUGCAUACAUUCAAAGCUCAGCGGGAACAGCGAGUCGCCAAAGCGGAUCUAUCGGAGUCCGACGCGCAGUCGGCGAGCAGAAGACUGACGAAGCUUCUGGCAACCUUCCUGUUUUGUCUCGCUGAGUUGGGCAUUUACUUGGCUUUCAAGGCGGCCAAGUCGAUGUCCUCUGUUGACAAAGACAUCUUUUUCUGGGGAAAUUUGGAGGAGAAUGCUGAAACCAUUGUCAGAGAUUUCUGUUUGGAUGCAGCUAAGAUCUUCUCAGCUCAUCUGCCCACUGGUGAACAAUCGUACGUUGUUGGUAAUGAUCUGGGAGCUGAUAAGGAGGCUGGAUUUCUUACUCACAAAGUUGUAACUCUAAUAGAAACUCUUCUUGAAUAUAGGAGCAUAAAGGAUUUGAGAUGCAUUAUAUUUGUUGAGAGGGUAAUAGCAGCAAUUGUUCUUCCGUCUCUGUUAAAUGAGUUGUUCAUGGAGUUAUUUGGUUGGAAAGCAAAAUACACAGCAGGAAAUGCAUCUGUGCUGCAAUCCCAAAGUAGGAGAGCUCAAAAUCAAAUUGUUGAUGAAUUUCGUAUGGGAAUGGUGAACAUCAUUGUUGCAACCUCUAUUCUUGAAGAGGGCCUUGACGUUCAAAAUUGCAACCUUGUGAUCAGAUUUGAUCCAUCCUCAACAGUUUGUAGCUUCAUCCAGUCACGUGGUCGUGCUCGAAUGCAAAACUCUGAGUUUAUAUUGAUGGUAAGAAGUGGGGAUAAUUCUACCCUUGAUCGAAUGAACAAUUAUCUUGCUAGUGGGGAGAUAAUGAGGAAGGAAUCUUUAAGCCAUGCUUCUCAGCCGUGCUCGUCUCUUGAUAGUGAAAUAUAUGAUGAAUAUUCAUAUAGAGUUGAAUCUACAGGAGCAAUUGUUAACAUGAAAUCUAGUGUUUCUUUACUUUUCUUCUAUUGCUCAAGGCUUCCUUCUGAUCGGUAUUUCAAACCGGCUCCUAGGUUUGAUAUUGAUAAAGAUACGAAAAGUUGUGUUCUCCAUCUUCCCAAAAGUUGUCGAAUCCACUCAGUUAAAGUUGAGGGAGAUCUCAAAAUUGUGAAGCAACUGGCAUGUCUAGAAGCUUGCAAACAACUCCAUCAAGUUGGUGCCUUGACAGAUAAUCUUGUACCUGAUGUAAUGGAGGAGAAAGAAGACAUCCAAGAAUUAGGAUGUGUGGAUUACAUUGAUGAACAACCAAGGUAUUUUCCACUUGAGUUGAUCGGUUGUGGUAGCAGUGAUCCUGAAACAGCAUUGCACUGCUACCUCAUUGAGCUACAUCAUUACUGCUAUGAUAAUACUCAGCUUCAGAACGUCAUCCUUGCUGUGAAGGUAAAGCUUGAAGCUGAUGAUGAUGAGAAAUUGACUUUUGAAUUGAAUGUUGAUGGGAUCACCAGGGAAGAGCCAUUGUUGUAUCUUGGACAGAUUAAGCUAACUUCUGAAAAGAUAAAAUGGUGUCAGAAAUUUCAAGUUGUUCUUUUAAAAGCACUUCUUCGCAAGGAUUUUAGUAAACCAGAUGAAGGCUUAGAUAGUACGAUGGAUUUCGCAAGCUUUAAUUAUCUCCUUCUACCGUCCAUUGGUUUGAGCACAGAAGCUUCUGUUGAUUGGAUCCUUCUUGAUUCUAUAUUGUUUCCAUCUGAAAACCUUGAGGAUAAUCAUACAAAUUGCUUUUCAAUGCAUGGCUGUAAGCCCGUGAAAACAAAGACUGGCGUGGUAUUUAGCUGCAGGCUAGAGAAUUCUCUUGUCUGUACUUCCCACAAUGGUAAUGUAUAUUGUGUUACUGGGAUUUUGCAUAAUUUGGAUGCUAACUCAACUUUGGAGCUGAGACAAGGAGAAUCCAUGAGUUACAAAGAGUAUUUCAAAAGCCGGCAUGACAUUGACAUACUCUAUGACAAAGAAAGACUUCUUAAUGCAAGAUAUUUGCCUAAGGUGCGGAAUUACCUUAAAAAAAGCAGUGCUGAGAAAGGAAAAGAACCAAGUAGUGCAACACUACAGUUACCUCCCGAACUUUGUUCCGUAAUAAUUUCUCCAGUGCCGCAUGCCAUGUUUUUUUCAUUCUCAUAUCUCCCGGCAAUCAUGCAUCGAAUAGAGUCCUUCCUCCUUGCAAGGACCUUGAAAAGAUUGCAUAUGGAUCAAUGCACGCCACAGAAUUGUAGCAUACCAACCAAUAAGAUUUUGGAAGCAAUAACAACCAAAAAGUGCCAAGAAAAUUUUCACAUGGAGUCUUUAGAGACUUUGGGAGACUCUUUUCUAAAAUAUGUUGUGAGUCGAUAUUUAUUCACAACUUAUGAGAAUGACCAUGAGGGGCUUCUUAGUGUGAAAAAGGAAAAAUUGGUUUCCAAUGAUGCUUUGUGCAAGCUCGCAUGCGACAGAAACAUUCCGGGAUUUAUUCGUUCGGAACCAUUUGAUCCAUACACAUGGGAAAUUCCUGGUGAUCAUUCCCUGGACAAGACGCUUAAAAUGGAGAUGAUAUCUUCUGCAAGGAAGGUGUACAUCAUGGGAAGUCGGAAGAUGAAGAGUAAGAGAGUGGCUGAUAUUGCCGAGGCACUUAUAGGAGCGUAUGUUAGUACCAUUGGAGAAGCAGCAGCAAUCUCGUUUCUUUCGUGGCUUGGUUUGAGCGUGCAUUGUACCAAAGUUCCCACAGAAAGGCAGUUCCCCAUAAAUGCUGGGAAGUUUGUUAAUGUACAAUAUGUAGAGAGCUUGCUAAAGUACAAAUUCCAUGAUACUUCUCUCCUUGUUGAAGCAUUCACCCAUGGCUCCUUCAUGCAUUCUGAAAUUCCACGAUGCUAUCAGCGCCUGGAAUUUAUUGGGGAUGCAGUGAUUGAUUAUGUCAUCACAGUUCACCUCUACAAUAAAUACCCUGGACUGACCCCUGGUGUUUUGACCGAUAUGAGGUCUUGUUCGGUGAAUAACGACUGUUAUGCUCUAUGUGCAAUCAAGUUUGGGCUACAAAAGCAAAUCCUCCAUUUUUCCACUGACCUUCAGAGGCAUAUAACAAAUGCUGUUGAGAGCGUUGAGAGGUUGGGUGUUUCCUCCACAUUUGGAUGGAGUUCAGAGAUAAGUCUCCCCAAGGUGCUUGGUGAUAUUAUUGAGUCUCUUGGAGCGGCAAUCCUACUCGAUUCUGGGUUCAAUGAGGACAAAGUGUUGGAAAGCAUACUUCCCCUUCUAGAGCCGAUUGUUACCCCAGAAACGGUGACACUCCAUCCAGUACGAGAGUUGCACGAGUUCUGCCGAGGGAGAGGCUAUAUAAUGAAAAAGCCUUUCGUCACCAUCCGCGAUGGAGUCUCGUUCAUCACAAUGGAGGUUGACGCGAACGGCGUCAUCCACAGUGACACAUGCUCAGCUCCCAACAAAGAUGCUGCCAAGAAAUUGGCUUGCAAGAAUAUCUUCAACAAGAUGAGUGCUGAAGAGUUGGCUGCCAAGAAGUUGAAUGCCGAAAACUCGGAUGCUGACCAGUUGGAUGGCGACAAGUUGAAUGCCGACACGUUGGAUGGCGACAAGUUGAAUGCCGACACGUUGGAUGCCGACCAGUUUGAAGCUGACAAGUGUCAGCCAUGAGAUACAUACUUUGCCCCUUUUUUCUUAUUAAAUACAACCACAGUCCCAAAGAUAAGUUUUUGUUUUUACUUAUGUGGGCAAAGUUUUAUAAAAUUUAACAAAACUGUAGUUCUAAACAAUCAUAUGCUUACAAUUUUGAUCUGUGUACAAUUAUUGAUAUUAAUAGCUAAAGUAUUCCAUUAAAAACCGUAACAUUCAAAAUCUGUAUCCUUUCAAAAAAAUAUGUAUCUAAUUUUUAGAUGGGGGGGUAUAGUUGGAAUAUAAUUCGUUCAAUCAUUCCCUGGCUGAUAUUGUCAUGAGAGGAAACAGAGUCAGACCUUGCAAAACCCGAGAGAAUAGAUUUACCUUCUUUCUUUCGAUCGGUCGUGGAAUGGGGUCCUUGUCAUUGGAUUCGUCUAGGUGGAAGGGAGGCCUUUUUCGGACGAGCCGAUUGAUAGUGUCAUCGGCCUCAACCUCAGCGGAGGAUAUUUUCUUUGACGAUCCGAGCUCGGGGUUGUUGAGUUAUUUCCAUUUCGGUGAACAGAUCAAAAUUCUCCAAAGAUUGACGGGGACAUUGCCUAGGUGUCCUCUUCUUGAUAUGAGGCAGUAGAUUGCUGCAGAACAUCAGCAUCAUUCAUCCCGCUCUUCCUCGUAAGUGUUAUACCCCCGGAUGGCUCCACAUAAACCCAACCUCUCCCAAAACAUCCAAAAGUAUUUCACGUUGUUUUGUUUUUCAAAAUAAAGUCUUCCCGGCCUAUUUUCUACCUAUGGCCAAAAAUAAGAAGUAAGAAGACCAAUAAAACCUUAGAAUGUUG